GUCAGUUAUAGAAAAAGGAGAACAACAAUAAUAUUGUCCUUGUUUAUUAGCUGCAAAAUCCUCUGUGACAUCUUACCCCAUGUAGUGAGACAACUUACGCGAUGGUGGGGCAACAUGUCGCAUGUUCACACUCUCUAUUUGAUUGCUUAUAAAUCUGCACUGACACAAGAUAUGAAAAUGACAUGAAUACAAAAUAUAUACCUGAGACUUUGGUUUUUGUGUGGUGCAUAUUUUGCUUACAAGUGACGUACUGAUUUCAAGAAAUAUAUAAGAGUGUAAAAAGUGUGACAACAAGCCCCGGUCUCCCCUACUAAUCUGGACCCAAGCUUCUUUAAAAUGAACUAAAACGACAAAAACACUUUGGCAUUCUUUUUGGAAAUCAUGGACACAAUAGUAACAUCCAGUCUUACAAGGAGAAGGACCACUAUGCUUGUUAUCUGUGAAGUUUACGAACCAGCAUCCCCAAUAGUAUGGAGAUGUAUGAGUGCCUAUGUCAUGGGUUACACACUUCUGAAAAGGCACCAUGAAAGCUGACUUUAGGAUACAUUUCAUCAAUGUAACACUGACUUUUUUUAACAUCUGCUAAACUUUUCAUGGACCCAAGCAGUGAUCUUUACUCAUCCUUUCAGUAUCAGUACAAAUACAGGCUUUCUUACCGCAGACACAUAGAUAGUUACGCCAGAAUCACAAGUAAUCAAUGUUUAAGAGUGACGCUCCUGCGGCUGAUGCUGCUGCCCCCAUCUUCCUCCUCCUCUCUUCCAUCCAUCCAUUCAUUCAUCCAUUCACCCGUUUUACUCUGCCGCUGCACCACGCUGCCUGCACGCCGGUCCCGUUCAGUCUUGGGUUGAACAUACACUAACAUGAGAGGUCCAUUUUACUUAAGGUCCACUUUUUUCCCUGACAUGAGUUGACGUCAGAAAAGCCCCCAAAGGCUACAUCCUUCGCUCGGACGGUGGUGACUCAUUGCGCACGAUCAGUCGGGCAGUCUGUCUGUCAGGUCGCUUGAAUUUUUGCGCUUUUCCGCGGAGGAUCGAUACCAAUAACAAGACCCUGAUUCUGGUGGAAGGCGUGGCUUUUGUGUCACCAACACACGGCUGAUUUUCCAUAUCCAAUUCCAGGGUUUUGCCUCAUCUCGCUGACACGGACGCGCAAACGGCACCAAAAGGUGUGGGACAAAAAGCGUCUCUGAAGGUAAGCCUCCCUGCUUUUUUCAUUACUCUUUUCUUUCUUUGUUCCACAUCAUGAGUUUUUCCGCAAGGUCAAAUGGAACCAGCACAUAUCACAGUGGGGUGUUAGGGUGGUACGGAACUGCAAAUCCAGAACAUGCCAUACACAUCUGAAAUUGGCCCGGAUAGGUCGUGUGCAGCACUAUAAUGUAGGCUAUGCAAUGUUUGCCGAUGUGCAUGAAUCUACAUCCUGCAUGUAUUCGGAGUGUUCCUAAACUGCUGGGGGCUAAAAGCCUAGACGCAGGGGUGUUCUGAUCCGUGAAUAUGUAAUUACAGUCAGGAUAUGUUUGCCAUAAAUAUUUGCGCUUUGAUAGCAGACACGCAGAUGCACUGUGGGAGAACACAAACAGGCUACACCUGUCCAUGACCCAAAACAGAAGCCUACUCUUCUGUUUUAUUUCAUUCACACCUCAAAAUUACACUCAUAGGUUGUUUACAGAGCAUUUAGAGAAAGGUUACUCCUCAUUCUUGAGUAAACCAAGCAAAUAUGACCUGAUCAGUUAAUCUCCCAUGGUUGUCCCUCCCAAACAGGAGCACUGUGCAGACUUGUGAUGAUGCUUGUUGUUGUGAGAGGAGGGAAUAACCCAAAAGAAAAGGCUGGUUACAACCUCAGCACAAUUAAGAUGAGUUUUACAUCAUGCAGAAUGGUUUGCCAUCAGUUAAACAGUGAAUAAAAUGGUCAACUUGCUCCCUGGGGAUCACUUGAGUAUCAUUAUAAGGUUCUUUAUCCCCUCUGUGAUGAAGCUUGAUUUCUUGUACGAAUGAAGUCUUGAUCACAGAUCAGUUCGUUUGACUCAGAAGGAUCAGAUAUUUCAGACGUCUGCUGACUGUUGCACAGUAGACGCAGACUUGGCCCAGAUGCUUGCACAUUUUAGGGGACUGACAGAUCUGAUCAGGCUGAGGAUGAAGACAAACAGAAAAUGAAAUUGUGGGUCAGUAGGUAGAAUCUAAACAAGAUGAAUAAGAGGACCAGAGAGCAUCUGUAUACACACACUGCUUGUGUUUUACUCAUCGUGCUAGAAGAGGAUUUUAUAGUUGCAGGGUAAUUCAUCAUUGUGUUAGACAAUGUUAAAGAAUCAUUGAUCGUCACUUUGCUAUAAAGUACAGAUGCAUAACAUGGAUUCUUUCCCCUUGCAGAUAUAAUUCCUUAAGGCUGAUAACUACAUCAUAACAGAUAAAUUCACAUUUAAAUCUGCACAGGUGCUCUUGAGCACAUACUGGAGAACACUAAGUGCAAAUCCUGCUCAUGUCGUCCUCCAAAGAUGUAAAACUGUACACACUCUCAACUGCAUGUUGACACUGUGUACCUUUUUAGGACUGACUGGCAUAUAAGAUCAAUUAUCAGCUUGAUUUUUAUCCUGCCUGCUGUCUUUAAAGUAAUAAAUAUAAGAAUUAAUUAUCCAGUAUAGCUGUAAUGAUAGUCAUAGGGGUUAGCUCCUUGUUAGCAAUGAGAAGUUGAGUCUAUAUCGCUCUUGUUAUGUCUCUGACUAUUAAACGCUUAAUAUUUCUAGUAUUUAUUAAGACUCAUAAGACUCAAAAUAGACAAGUUUGCAUAUUUACUGUGAAGCAGAAGCCAGAAAAGAUUAUCUUUUCAGACUAAAACUCCUCAGAAUGUGGGACAUAUUACAUAAAAUGUAUUCAUAAGCACUUUCAUUUUACAUACCCCAAAGACUGAGGGCUACACUCUGCUCAUACUGUAUUUCCAAGUUUGUUCACUGUGCUUUAUUUUACUGUGACGCAGCAAUUUUGCUUAUGCCUUUGGGAUGAUCCUCUGUUAUUUCUUAUCUUUUCUAUUUUUGUACAGUCAAAUUUAAGAGUCUGAAUUCGUAUUUAAUGAAUUUGAUAACUUCCUUAAAGCUCCUAUGAGGAGUUUUAAGCUGGUUACAAAACAGACUAGAAUUAACAAAAAGGUAUCUUUAUGAACUCAAAAAGCAAAUAAGACCAUGAAGAAGAAAAGCAGUUAUUCCUUUGUAAUUAUUUUGACUGUCCAAAACCACUGGCAGGGGGUAGGUGUAAGACUAAUUGAUGAUAGACUUUUUUUAAAAUUACUGGCAAAUAGCAGGAUGUUAAAAAAAACAAUAAGUUCUCAUCUACAAGACAAAAUUGGCAAAAAAUAAAAAAAAACCUCUGUCCACAAGGAUUGCUAUGAUCAACAGUAAUUGAAAGUUCAAAACUGCAGCUUUAAUGGACAUGUAUAAAAUACUCCAUUUAAGAAAUAACCAUUUUUCUAGAAUGAUCAAUGUACCACAAAGUGCAUCUUUCUGUGGCCUCUUUUCAUGAACAAGUUUAAAAGACCAUCAAAGGCAGACAUCCACAAAAAACUAACCCACAAUCAGCAUCACAGCACAAAGAGCAGCUUUAUUGAAGAGGCAUACUCUCACACAAUCCCCAUGACUCUGAUUUGUACCCGGUGAAUUUGAUAUUAUGAUUGUUUGUUAUGAUUGAUUGGGUCUUGUAUUUGUGAAUCACAUUAAUCUGAAUUACAAGGAGAGGCCAAAUUGGCUAAAUUCAGGUCAUUGAUUGUUUAAGUGCUUUGCUUUUAUUCAAACAUUGAUUAUUUAAUGAAUUUGAAUGAGGUCGGUCAAAGACAAAGAAAGUGGUAAUUUACAUAAUGCUCAUCCAGACCUGGACUUCUAUGUAAGUCCAGCUUGAUUGUUUCUAUGUAAAUCAGAAUUAAGUUAAGGAAUAGUAAAGCUAAAAAAAAUCAUUGACCAAUCUAAGUUUAUUUAUUUUCCUCUUUUAGGAAACUGCCAAAACUGGGGCUGAUAUUGUUCAUCUUUUCCAUCUUGGGAUUGUGAGAAUAUUUACUGACUGAAACGGUGAAUCCAGCAUGGGAACUAAUCCAAAAAGGACAGUGACAGUCCAGAUGGUGCCUCAGCUGGCUGUGGUGGACACGCUGGGCAAUAAGGAGCCAAAUGCCAACUGGACUAAAGAGCCCAACCACAAACUGUCUCAGGUUUGUCCAAAACCCGCCCUCACAUCUCCUGACCCCAAACAGGAUAAUUCCCCUCUCACUGCUUCUCCUACUAACACCAUUAAAACAACCUCUUUGGAGGAUGAACCAGUUUGCAGCACUGUGUCAGACAGACCUGUAACAAAUAAUGGAAACAAAUCAGAACCAGAGUCUGUGAAAGGUGGAGGCAGACAGACACCCGACCCGUCUCUGGGUGUGGGGGACACAGGAAGCGACCAGAGGGAUUCUAAUGCCAACAUGAAAAUGUUUAGCCCGGCCGUUGAGGAGGAUAUCUGUAAGGCUGCUGUGUCGUCUGCUCUUUCAGCGUCAAAGGUCGAAAUGCAGACCAAUGACUGCAGAAUUAAAGAGGCAAGUGGAGCAGAAGAAGAGAGAUGUGUACAAAUGCCAUCCUCGGCUAAGGAUGGCGUACAAGAGGACACUACAAAACAUGUUUCUAUGGGUAAUAAAAAUCUAAAAAAUGCCUUUGAGGUUAAGCACAAUGCAGCAGAACCCCAACAGGAUCUAACAGAGAGUAUUACUGCUCCAAAAAACAAAGACUCUGCUGUACCACAGACACCUAAAGAGCCAGAUCAUACAGGUAUCUGUUCAAAAAGCUUGGUCAGUCCACAGCAGACUUCUAAACCGGAACAAAACAAAGAAACAUCGGUGGCUCCUCAACAAAGCCCCACUAAACCACUAUCAAAGAACAAAGAUGCAGAAGCUGGAUUUACAAAUAAGAGUUCGUCUUCAACGCACCCAGAGAAGGUUUUAACCCUGGAAAAGAAACCUCAAAUCCCUUCAGAAAAACAUCAGCCUGCGUCCUCGCUGACACCCCCCUCCCCUGCUCCACCCCAGGCCACAAAAAUCAUGGAGGCACACAAGCAGGUGGCCGAGGUCACCAUCCAGACUGGCACAGCUGUAUGUGAAGAACAACAGCAGCAGUCCUGUAAGGAGUACAGAGAGGCCUCCACAAUGACCUCAUCUCUGACGUCCACUCCAGUCAAGCUUCGCCAUGAUAUAGAGGUUCAAGCCGUGGUGAACACAUGCAGCAAGAGUGUGGCCACAAGUCCGAGCUUGCUACCCUUUGCUGUGACUUGCAGGCAGAGUGGUGGGGCGAAGGAAGAAGCGCAGAGCCUGGCUGUGGUUUACAAUGUAGACACAAAUGUGGGACUACAGCAAAUGAACAUCAGUAGUCUAUUAGCAACUACUGAUCCCAGGUCUGAGAGACUCACUGUCAAGGCAGAGAUGUGCCCCAACCAGAAUGCAAGUGUGGUGUUUAACUCAGACGCUUCAUCUGACAGGAGGCUGGGAGCAAAGCCUAAAGACCCAGGGCUGGCUCUCUGCAACACUCAGCCUGUUUAUCAAAUUAACAUUGAACACAAGGAGCAAGGACAGACAGGUACCUCCCAGAAUAAAGCUUCUGCAGUGAAAACAGUCGGAGCUGAAGCUCCCUCUCUCGUAGCAGGGAGUCCCCCUGAGACAACCGGCGCUAUCAAGUCUGGAUCUGCUGACAGCAACAAUGCUGCGCUGUCUCAGGCUGCUGUUUCAACCAAACCCAACCAAUCCCUGCCAACAACAACAACAGCAACAAAUGCAACAUCAAAGUCAGCGUUGACUAAAAAUAAAGCUGGAGGCCCUGACGAAAAGGAUAAAGAUGGAGCUAAAGCCCAGACGUCGAAGCAGAAGGUAGAGCCACAGAGAGAGGAAGAAGAGGAUGACCAGUCAGCAAAGGAGAAAGCAAAAAGCGUCCAUGAUGUUGUCUGGGAUGAACAAGGGAUGACAUGGGAGGUCUACGGGGCCUCUGUGGACCCAGAGUCCCUUGGUUUUGCCAUUCAGAGCCACCUGCAGUGCAAAAUCAAGGAGCAAGAGAGGAAACUGAUAGCCCAGACCUCCUUCAGGAAAUCAGUAUCUGGGGUCGCCUCACCGCAGAAAGGCCGGAAGAACAAAAGGAGGCAGCACAACAUUUUCAGGUCAAUGCUGCAAAAUGUCAGACGGCCCAACUGCUGUGCACGCCCCCCUCCAUCCUCCGUCCUCGAGUAGCAUGGGCACAUACAGUAUGUAAACUAUGUCAGACUCGUUCCCUUUUUUUCCUUUAGGUCAAAAUGUUUGUCCUCCCUCCUUUCCACCCUGUCAAGACUGCGAUGCCAAGUUAAUGGGGCGGCAAUCCCUGUAAGUAAGUAUACUGGAGUGUUGUAGCAUAAAGAGUUAAAUAUGUGUGAUGUUUGUGAUCAAAGAAGGUAGAAAAUAGAUAUGAAAUGAAUAACUUAUUUUCUAGAGAUAGAUAUUAUAAACAGAGAGAGAAAAGAAUUUUUAACUAUCAGAGGCAAUAAUAGUGAAACGCAUGUAUAUUAGUUACAAAGGCAGGUGUAUGAAUUUAAAACAAACCCAAAACUCUGCAGAAAAAGACUUAUCACGGGUUGACAUCUUAUUUACUGUCAGAAUAUUUGUGCUCAUAUAUCAAGCCAACAUCUUAUUUAAUUUGGUGCAUUUGGUAUAUGUUUUUGAGGUGUUUUUUGGGAAAUAUAUUUAUAAGAUUGCUGUUCUUUUAUUUUGAUGCACCUUUGGUGAGUAAUUAUCUUGUGCAAAAAAGAGACUGUAUGCAUACAAGCGCUGUUUAAUCUCUGUUCUACCUUGGUUUUCUAUUAAAACAAAGAAAAAACUA